AUGGCAGGUUUCUUCGCCGCUGAUCUUGGCUGCCAACUAGAGGGAUCACAGCAGCUUCACAACUGUUUCAAGGAGACCCUUGCCGCUGCAGGGCGCAUGCCCCCGCCCAGCCCAAUCCUUCAGCACCUCAAGGAGACCGAGAUAAACCUGAGCACAAGGAUCGGCUUGAGGAUGCUGACGUUUGGAUUACUUCUGAGGAAGUGCGUUCUGACUUGCUUGGCAAUGAGUGCUGGCCUGGCUCAGGGCGCAGGCUUCCUGGUGCGGCGCCGCGAGGAGCUUGGCCAGGUGCUGCAGGCACAGAUGCCCAGGGGUCUGGGAGUCCUUCUCGGCGUGGGUCGUGGAGAUUUCGCAUUGCGUCUGCUGCGAGACUGGACGUCGUCUCAUGGCCUGUACUUGGUAGAUCCCUUUAUUCACCAAUGGCGUGGCUACGAUGACCCAGCGAAUCUUCAAGAUAAUGACCACCAGCUGAUCUUCGAGGACCUUCGCAACCGCCUAGAGCCUUAUGAAGGUCGCUAUGUACUGGUGCGGGACUUCUCGUACUCCUUCGCAGAGGUCUACAAGCGCGGGGAUCAGACGCCAGCAGUUGCCACGUUCAUCUAUGUGGACGCUAACCACGCAGAGGAAGCGGUGUCGCGGGAUCUGGAGCUCUGGUGGCCCAUCCUCGCCUCCGGGGGACUCAUGGGAGGCAGCACCUACAUGGACGAUCCGGGUCGUCGGAUCCAUGUAAGAAGUGCCGUGGACAAGUUUGCUGCACGGCGCCAGCUGCAGGUCAUCACAACCACAGAUGACAUGCCGGCAUCGUGGUUCAUUGUGAAACCGUGA